AUGGAAACGCAGUAUGAAAAAUUCGAGACAGAAGACUCUAUUCCCGACAGUUCCUCAGAAGAUGUGAGCCGAUGGAGGCCAGUAGCAAGAAGCCAGUUUCUGCUUUUAGAGAGGUCAUCCAAGCUCCAAAGAAGGUUUAAGAAGAGGUAUAAUUUCUUAUAUGAAAACGAUCUCCCUGCUGAAAGACAGGGUCUGAAGAAGCAAUUGAAAAAGUAUAAAGAUCCGAAGCGCAUAAGUGAAAUAGAAGAACGUAUAUCAUGGAUUGAUAAACAAAUGAAGUCUGAUUCAACGAAGAAUAUUGAUACAGAAAUAUUGGCGAAUCAUAAAAAGAAAGAGAGAGAAGCAACAAAGCAGGGGAAACGUCCCUUUUAUCUAAAGAAAUCUGAAAUACGGAAACAAAGGCCGAUUGAGAAAUAUAAUCAGCUCAAGUCAUCUGGCAAACUUGAAGCAUUUGUUGAGAAAAGGAGGAGAAGGAAUGCUGCCAAGGACCACAGAUACAUGCCGUAUCGUAGAUCUGGUGAUGCGGAAUAAAUUUUGUAGCUUUAACAUUAUUUCUUAGGCUAUAAUAAUUAUAUACUGGAAUAUAGGACCAAAAAGAAAAGUAUCUAUGUGUUUUGGCUGCCCAGCUUUGGGGAUUGAAUAUUGACGUUUGUUGAUGGCCUUUAUUAAUUAUUAGGGAAUGAAUUGGUGACACUAGGCUACUAGGCAGUCUUUUUGAUUCCGUGUUAUGUACUUGUGGGAGGGAUGCCUUUUGCAUUAUCAUUAGGUCACAUGUUUUAGGCACCGUUUGUUUAAGAUUUUUCUCAGAAAUGAAAAUCUGAAUUUGAAAAAA